AUGAAUAUCUUCAGGCUCUUCGGUGACCUUUCGCAUCUGGCGUCUAUCUUCAUCCUCAUACACAAGAUACAUACAUCACGGUCAUGUCGAGGAAUCUCACUCAAAACGCAGAUACUCUACGUCGUUGUCUUCGUGACGCGGUAUAUCGACUUGCUGUUGGUCUUUAGAGGGGAAUGGAUCUCGUUCUACAACUUCUUCAUGAAAUUGUUCUUCAUCGGCAGCAGCGGAUACACUGUCUACCUCAUGCGCUACCGCUUCCGGCCCACAAAUGACCCUUCAAUCGACACGUUCAAAAUGGAAUACCUGCUUGGUCCGUGCGUGCUACUGGGCUUGAUAUUCAAGUACGAGUGGUCUGUCAUGGAGGUCCUGUGGUCGUUUUCCAUCUGGCUCGAGUCCGUCGCCAUUCUGCCACAGCUCUUCAUGCUCCAGCGGACUGGAGAGGCGGAGACCAUCACCACGCACUAUCUUGCUGCUCUUGGUGCAUACCGUGCCCUCUACAUUCCCAACUGGAUCUACCGCUACUGGUCAGACGGACACAUCGACCCAAUAUCUAUUGUCGCCGGCCUUGUGCAAACUGCACUCUAUGUCGACUUCUUCCAUGUAUACUUUACCAAGGUUUUGCAAGGACAGAAGUUCGAGCUCCCCGCGUAA